ACUUCAAGACCUGCUGAUGAUAAGAAAUCGAAGCAUGAAUUAGUCUAGCUGCUAAGAUCAAAACUUUGCUUGUAAGUCGGUAGUUGUAGAAAUGUAAGGCAACGACCACCUUGUCAUCUUGUUUCUGUCGUCUUCUUGAAGUUAUCGCUUGUAAUGUAGUCCAUGAGCUCCUCCCCAUCACCGUCUAGAUUUUUUCAGGAUUCAUGAAGCCUCUGACAUAUGGCAGAAAAAUUAGAUGAAGAUGAAGAUCUAAAAUGAAGUCAAAUACCAAUCAAUUUCUGCCAAAUUGAUUAAAAGGCCAGUUUGAGUAGUCUGACCAAUUCUCUGGCAGCAAUCUUCCGGCCUAUAAACACCGUGCUCUGUUCUUCUUCAUCCAAAAGCGCCUCUGAAGGACAGCUAAAUCAACUAGAAGAGAAGAACAGGUGAGAGUCAGAUGGAAGUGCAAGCUCCUUGCAAGGAGAUCUCCGAGGUAUGCACCUCUGGUUGUUUUCCUGUACCAUUAAUCAACCUGUUUGAAUCCGGCAACACUAAGCGCCGCGCAAGAGCCACCAGUACGAGGACCACGCGAUCGAACUUUGUCAAAUCAUCGACCGGUUCUGUUUUCCUGAACACCCAUUUCACCAAUCAUGAGUCUCUGCCUUCCCUCGCCGAAGCCUUUCACAGCUUCAUCACAAUUUAUCCGGAGUACGGCGAGACGCAACGAGCAGACCACAUCCGGGGCAAUGAAUUCUCUCAUCUGUCUAGCCACGUUUGUCUCGACUAUACAGGAUUCAGCCUCUUCUCUUAUGCACAAAUGCAUCCUUCAGCGCCGUCGCCGUCGUCGUCAUCUUCCAUUCCUUCGACUUCCAGCCACUUGCAGCCUCCUUUCUUUAGCAUCUCCUACAAGUCAGCAAGCUUGAGUUCCCAGCUGCGGAGAGGCAAUCAAGACAUUGAUCUGGAAUCGGCAAUUAGGCAAAAGAUCAUGCACUUCUUCAACAUUUUGGAUGAUGAAUACUGCAUGGUCUGCACUGCGAACAGGACUGCAGCUUUCAGGCUGUUGGCGGAGUCCUACCCGUUCCAUUCCAACAAGAGGCUGCUCGGUGUUUAUGACUAUGAGAGUGAAGCCGUGAAUGCGAUGGCCGAGAGCGCACAGAGGAGAGGAGCCAAAGUCAUGUCCGCAAGCUUCUCGUGGCCAAGUCUAAGAAUUCAUUCUGCAAGUUUGAAGGAGAAGCUGAGAAACAGGAAGAAGAAAAGAAGUGGCUUGUUUGUCUUUCCAGUUCAGUCGGCGAUAACCGGAGCCAGGUAUCCGUAUCUGUGGAUGAAUUUGGCAAAAGGCAAUGGAUGGCAAGUAGCACUGGAUGCUUGUGCGUUGGGACCAAAGGAUCUGGAUACACUGGCGAUCUCGUUGCUCCGACCAGACUUUAUCGUCUGUUCUUUUAUCAAAGUGUUGGGCGAAAAUCCAUCUGGAUUCGCAGGACUCUUCGUCAAAAAGUCCAGCAUAGCUACAUUACAGUCGUCGACGAUCGCUAGGAGCAUCGGAGUUGUGAGCAUCGAUCCUGCAAGAAUGCUGUCGCAACUCGAUGAUGAUUUUUCAGCCACAAAUUUGGAUGCUGAGCCUUCUAUCACAGAGUUAGACCAUAGUGUUCGAUAUGGAAAAGACGCAGAGGUUUCAGUAAUAGAUGAGAAAAUGGAAAUUCUGUGCAGAGGAUUAGACCACGCAGACUCAUUGGGUCUAAUGCUCAUCAAUAACAGAUUGAGAUGCAUAACCAAUUGGCUAAUUAUUGCUUUGAUGAAGCUGCAACAUCCUCCAUCGGAGACUGGUCGUCCACUAGUUAAAAUUUAUGGUCCCAGAGUAAAAUUUGACAGAGGACCUGCCUUAGCAUUCAAUAUCUUCGACUGGAAAGGCGAGAAAGUAAAGCCAGUACUCGUGCAGAAGCUUGCGGACAGAAGCAACAUUUCCCUUGGCCGCGGGUUCCUAAGUAACAUUCGGUUUGCAGACGAAUAUGAAACUGAAAAGGAUGAAGUUUUGGAGGGAAGAAGGUCGCCCUGUGAAAUGAAAGUCGCAGGCAAGAGAGGCAAAGAAAUGUGUGGAAUCAAUGUUGUAAAUGCUUCCCUCAGCUUUCUCACUAACUUUGAGGAUGCAUAUAGACUUUGGAUUUUUGUUGCCAAGUUCCUGGAUGCAGAUUUCGUUGAUAAAGAAAAGUGGAGGUAUAUAAAUCUGAAUCAGAAAAUGGUUGCUGUUUAAUCUUUUAUAUCAAUAAAGUGUCAGCGUCGGACUGUGUUUUCGGUUUUAAGUUUUUAUAAUCCACUGCCACAGGAUGCUUUACAAAUUGUGGUGAUUUAGGCGUGGACGCCAGCCAUAAUCUCUUUUGUUUUUCUUACCCUUCGUGGGUUUGUCAAAUUAAGUAAAGAAUGGAUUGAAAUAAAACAUUAUUUUUUUCA